GUGACCACGCCUCCGGUGACGUCACACCGGGAACUGAAUGAGGAAGUGUGAUGUACACAGAGCGCGGCGCGACAGAGACUCCACCGUACUGUCCGACCGGCCCCGUGUGACCCCGUGACCCCGGCUCAUGACCCACCAGGAUGUCCCCGCAUGCCGGACCAGCUGGCCUCCCCCAACACACACACAGAGCUGUGGCCCCUGGGAGAUGAAGGAGCGGCUGGGCACUGGAGGCUUUGGAUACGUCCUUCGCUGGCUCAAUAAGGAUACAGGAGAGGAAGUGGCCAUCAAACAAUGUCGGCAGGAGCUGAGCCCCAAAAAUCGCGAGAGAUGGUGCCUGGAAAUACAGAUCAUGAAGAAAUUAAAUCACAAGAACGUUGUGUCUGCCCGAGAGGUACCUGAGGGGCUGCAGAAACUGGCGCCCAAUGAUCUUCCUCUGCUGGCUAUGGAGUUCUGCUUAGGAGGUGAUCUACGGAAGCACUUAAACCACUAUGAAAACUGCUGUGGACUAAAAGAGGGGCCCAUCCUGAGCCUGCUGUCUGACAUCUCCUCUGCGCUUCGCUAUCUCCAUGAGAAUCGGAUCAUCCACCGAGACUUAAAGCCGGAAAACAUCGUCUUACAGCAGGAGGAGCAUAGGUUCAUCCAUAAAAUAAUAGAUUUGGGAUAUGCCAAGGAGCUGGAUCAGGGCAGUCUGUGCACCUCCUUUGUUGGCACCUUGCAGUACCUGGCACCUGAAUUACUGGAGCAGCAGAAGUACACAGUGACUGUAGACUACUGGAGUUUUGGCACACUGGCCUUCGAGUGUAUAACAGGAUUUCGGCCAUUUCUUCCUAACUGGCAGCCAGUGCAGUGGCACAACAAGGUACGUGAGAAGAACAAUGAGCACAUCAUGGUGUAUGAAGACCUCUCAGGAGUGCCGAAAUUCUCCAGUGUCCUGCCAAUGCCCAAUCACCUCAGUGGGAUCUUGGCUGGUAAGUUAGAACGCUGGUUACGGUGUAUGUUAAUGUGGCACCCGAGGCAGAGAGGCACAGACCCACAGAAUCCAGAAAUCGGCUGUUUUCAUGCACUGGACGCCAUUAUUAGCCUUAAGCUGCUGUCAGUGCUGAACAUGGUGACGGGCCACGUGCACACCUUCCCUGUCACCGAAGGGGAGAACCUGCAGUCUCUGAAGAGCCGCCUGCAGCAAGAUACCGGGAUACCGGAGGAAGAUCAGGAAUUACUACAAGCCUCAGGCCUGGCCUUAAAUCCCCACCAGCCUCUCGUAGAUUAUGUGUCAGACAACAUGAUCAAUGAUGGCCGCCAAGUGGAGAGUGACCUCAUAUUCCUCUUUGAUAAUCGGAAAACAGUGUAUGAACCUCAGAUUUCGCUUCGUCCCCAUCCUGAAGGUGUUGCAUUUGUUUUGCAGGACCCCAAGCAUCCACUGACGUACGUUCAUCUCCGGAGGGUGUGGGGCCAGAUAUGGCAGACAAUACGCACAUUGAAGGAGGACUGUGCCCGGCUACAGAUGGGGCAGCGGGCUACUAUGGUAAACCUGCUGCGAUACAACACAGAACUGUCCAAAAAAAAGAACCUGAUGACCUCAGAGUGCGAGCAGUUAAAAGCCAAGCUGGAUUUCUUUAGGAGCAGUAUCCAGAUUGACCUGGAAAAAUACAGCGAGCAGAUGGAGUUUGGAAUUACCUCUGAAAAGCUGCUUUCAACAUGGAAAGAGAUGGAACAGGCAGUAAGAGAGUGCGGCAGGGAGCAGGAGGUGCAACAUUUAGUGGAGAAGAUGAUGGCCCUGCAGACGGACAGUGUGGAUCUGCAGAGGAACCCUCUGGGCAGGAGGAGUCGGGGGACACUUGAUGAUAUAGAGGAGCAGGCUAAAGAUCUGUACCGAAGACUGCGAGAGCGGCCUAGAGAUCAAAGGACAGGAGGUGACAGCCAAGAGAUGGUACGACUACUUCUCCAGGCAAUCCAGAGCUUUGAGAAGAGAGUUGGGUUAAUAUAUGAUCAGCUGAGCAAGACAGUCGUUUGUAAAAGGAAAGCCUUGGAUCUCGCCCCACGUUUGAAGGAAGUCAUGACCCUCAUGAGAGAAGAUGAGAAAAUGGUGGUAAAGAGGCAAGAGAAGAGGCAGCAGGAGCUGUGGGACCUGUUGAGAAUUGCCUGUAGCAAAGUGCGAGGACCUGUAAGUGCUCCAACACUGCCACAGCCUGCUGCCCUACCACUGAGUCUAAGCCAGGAAUACAUAAAGAAAAGUAGUGAAGAUCUUCUGUCUGAGUCUCAGAGUCUGUGUGGACAACUGGAGUCUUCCAUGAAGAGCUUAAUGACCGAGCAAGACACCAGCCUAAUGUCAUUGGACUGGUCUUGGCUUCCCCCACAAGAAGAGGAGUCGGGGGGCUGUCAGAUACCAGCGACGUGAGCCUGACCUGAAGCAACGGAGGAUUAUAAGACAUAAAGACGGUGCCUUCAACUCGCUGUAUAGGAUUCAUCGGCGUAGGGCCAAACACUUUGUAACAGAUUAAAUAAAGCUGUGCUUGUUUGUAUUGAAAGAACAUGGCUGCUCGAAGCAUACAGGUGAAAUACCAGAAACUCCUUGAGAUUGCCUGUUGUUUCUUAUGGAGCAGAUUCAUGCGGGUAUAGUGUGCGAGUCAUACUAGAUGAGAUCAAACUAUACCUAAUAAAAAUUGACUUUAUACCAUACACCUAAAAAUUAAAGCCAUUUUAUGAAUAAAGUUUUUAGCAACUUAAAGUAUUUUUUUUUUUUUUUUUUUUUUUUUUUAAAGAGUAUUUUUUUUGUACUGGUUCAACAAUUCAUAUUAUAAAUAAUAAUUUUUAUUUUUAUUUUUUGCUUAUAAU